AUGGACCGUCAGGCGCGGCACCCCUCGGCCUCCUCGAGGGGCCCGGGGCCACCACGCGGAGGCAGGGCAGUUCAGCUUGUGUCCAUUGAUGCAGAGGGCAAGUGCUACGUGCAGCCCGAGGCGAAGGACAUACUGAGAAGUCUGCAGGGCAGGGUGGCUGUCGUGGGCAUCGCUGGCUUGUACCGGACCGGCAAGUCGUUUCUCCUCAACCGCCUGCUCGGCCGCCAGGAUGGUUUCGAGAUCGGCCCCACUGUGAACGCCUGCACAAAAGGGCUCUGGAUGUGGGACACGCCUGUGCAGCUAGAGGGGGGUGUCGAGUGCAUAUUUGUCGACACCGAGGGCCUUGGUUCUGCACAGAGGACAGCAAGCUGCGACAUGCAGAUAUUUUCUUUGUGUAUUUUGAUAUCGUCCUACUUCAUCUACAAUUGUAUGGGGGCCAUCGACGAACAGGCCAUCGAUGAUUUACACCUGGUGUUGCACAUUGCGAGGCACGUCCGUGCCAAGAGCGGCGACCACAAGAGGGACGAUCACGCAAGACGGGACGACAUCUCAGAGUACUUCCCCAGCCUGCUCUGGGUGGUCAGGGACUUCCACCUGCGCCUAGUGGACGACGGCGGGUCGCCGAUCACGGAGAAGGCUUACCUCGAAAACGCGCUGAAGGAUGUGCCCGCACAGCAGGAUAAGAACAAACUACGUGAGACGAUCAAGGAUCUUUUUCGCGACCGGGACUGCGUUACGCUGGUCAGACCUGUGGCUGGCGAAGAUGAGCUCCGGAGGGUCAACGAGUUGAGGUACGAGGAGCUGCGGGAGCCCUUCCGCAGACAGGUGGAGUCCUUUGUGGAAAAGGUCUUCGCUUCCGCGAAGCCGAAGGAGGUCCGCGGGACGCUCUGCUCUGGCGAGAUGCUCGCCAGCCUGUCCGAGGAGUAUUGCAAUGCAAUCAACAAUAGCGCCGUGCCGAACAUUCAAUCAGCGUGGACCUCUGUGGUACAGCGGCAGAUGCGACUGUGCCUGCAGCAGGCGCUUCGGACCUACACUGCGGAGAUGUGCAAGGUUCGCAUGCCGCUUAACGAGGACGAGCUUCGCGAUGCUCACAAGGCGGCAAAGGCCGAGGCCGUGAGGAUUUUCACGGAGCCCAGGUUCCUCGAAGACGAGCCGAGGCUGAUGGAGUUCAGGGAGGACUUGCUGCAGCGCAUUAAGCAGCACUACGAUACGUUGAAGGCCGAGAACGUAGAUGCGUCUACUCGACAGUGCGAGGAGGCGGCGCAGGAACUUUACCAAACGCUGAUCGAGCGUAAGUUGCGCGAGAGAGCCUAUUCUAGCUUGGAACAGCUCAUGGGAGAUUGGACGGAGUUGCGAGAAAGAUACACGCUUAGAACUUGUGGACCUGCCCAAGCUAGUGUGCUUGGAUCUUGGAUCUUUGAGCGGAUGUCUGAAAGCUGUCGGCGCGCCAGCGAGCAGUUUCAGAAGGAGUUGGUGGAUAAGCCUGAGGUUGAGGUGGAGCAUGGCAUCCGCUACCGAGGGCAGUGGCAGGGUAACCGUCGCCAUGGACAUGGGCUCUUAAGCCGCCCUGAUGGUUCGUCAUACGAGGGCACCUUCGUUGAGUCUCGUGCCCACGGCUACGGCAGAUAUUUGGCCGCCAACGGUGAUAGAUACCUGGGACAGUGGCAGGCGGACCAGACCCACGGUUACGGCAAGUACAUGCAGGUCGACGGCACCACCUACGAGGGCGAGUGGAAGUGCAACGAAAAGUGUGGCCGAGGCAUCGAAUCGUGGCCAGACGGGGCGAGGUACGAGGGGAGCUACAUGGCAAACUGCAAGCACGGGGGGGCGGCGGAUGACGGAAACUCGCGUGUAGAGUGCGAUCCGUCGGCCGGAAGAAAGACAGCAACAGGUUGGGGGCUUGGACCCCCAGAAGAGAAUCACGCGCUCAGCACGGAGAACUCGGAGGUGCCAUGGGGGGGCACUCCACUCCAGUGCCCCGCGGCACGGUGGCGGACUCCACGGGCUCUCGCAACGGGGGCGCGCUCGCCACGUACGACGGGCAGUUCAAGAACGACGCCAUGGAGGGGGAGAGGGCCGCUACCUGGCGGCGGACGGCUGCCAGCUGAGCGGGCAGUGGCGGGGCGGCCGGAUGUCUGGGCACGGCCGCGCGGUGUGGCCCGACGGCUCGAGGUACGUCGGGGGGUACGCGGACGACCUGAAGAGCGGAGAGGGGAAGUUCUUCUGGCCCGACGGCCGGGUCUACAGCGGCCAGUGGGUCCAGGGCAGGCAGGACGGGGCCGGCGUCCUGACAGAUCUCGCCGGUGCAGAGAAGCGCGGAAUCUGGAAAGCGGGCAAGCAGCAGGCCGCGUAGACCUCUGGUGUUGGCGCCUCCACGGAAAAUGA